AUGCCAUCGCUGGUGGGCGAGCACAGCGAUAUCUCAUUCCGCAUGAACUUGAUAAGGUACCACCUUCGCGUCGACUUUGCGCCCACAGAGACCAACGUGAUGGCCAUCCACCGCGCCUACCUGGCAGAGUUUGAGCAGCUUGGAUACAGGCGUAAGUCAAAGGAGGAGACCGGCGCACAGGGUCCAAGGAUAAAGGCGGUGGAGGCGGCGCAAGGGCCGAGGGCAUCUGAGGAUCACGCCGAGGCCCGUGGAAGUGUGAAUGUUGCCCUCGCAGGAGAGACCAAGGUGAAGAUGGAGCAGACGCGUGCUGGAACAAUCCUUGGUGAGCAGGGGACACAACCAAUCGUCCCGCUUGGGACUUUGGUCAAGGCUUUGGGGUACGAGUUCGCAUGGGACAAGAGAGGCUGUAGACUGAGACACCCAACCAAGAAGGAGGUGAAAGUCUAUACCAAGUCGACGUGUCCUGAGAUCACCCAAUGCGAUGCGCUGAGGCUGAUAGCAGAGCUGGAGGAGGCAAGGCUCACUGAAACUAUGGAGUCGCUUGCACAGUUGAAGGCUUCCAUCAGUGCGUCAAGAGCCCACAGGGAGCACAGCUGGAAGGACGCCGUGCGUGACUACCUUGCAACGGGAAGCCUUGAGGAUGGCAUGAAGGCGGUUCUGGCGGCGCCGUUCAUGAACCAUGUACCAAUGACCGAGCAGCUGAAGGUGAUGGUUGAGGUUCCAAAGACGGACGCAGAGGCAUGGAAGUGGAUGAAAGUCUUCCCUUUGAAUCGUUCAAGGAGAAGGCAGCUUUGGCAGGCCUCAAGCUGGACAGUGCACUUGUGCAGUGGCAAAGGAGUUCGAAAUGAUCCUCUUCGAGACCUUCCAGGCUUGUUGGAGAUAGACAGUCAAAAAGGGUGGAACCUCAAUGACGAGAAGGUUUAUGGUGUUCUCCUAUGGGCGGCCAAGGAGGGACGCAUACAGCAUGUCUUCGGGGCGCCUCCGGCGGGAACCUAUUCUCCUCUACGAUAUCGCCAAGAUGACCAGUCAGGACCAAGGGCGGUUCGGUCGGUGUUGGAGCCAUGGGGAAUGCGUGAGGGCGUGAAGCCGGAGGAUGCCAUGAAGGUCAAAAAUGAGAACCUCAUGAUGUUCAAGAUGGUGUGGCUUUGGCUGUAUGCAGAAGCAGCACAGGAGGAGCCAGAGACGUUGGGACACAAAGUGGGGUUUUGUAUGGAGUUUCCAGAAGAUCCAAGAGCAUAUCUGCCAGAAGGGGCUCAAAGCGAUUCUUGUGUUUCAGUGUGGCGCACUGGCUUCAUGAAGGAGCUCUUGGACGUCACAGCGAUGAGCCUUGUUGAGCAGGGACUCAAGAUGCUGGACAUCAAAGGUCAAGUGGCUCUGAAGAAGGCAAUGACCAGGUCAGAGAUGACUGAGUGGAAAGCGCAUGUGGAGGAACCACUGCCAGAAGAUGAAGAUGGUGAUGAGUUCCUUCGUGAGGAGGAGGAAGUGAGCGAUGACGAGCCAGGCGCCGUGGAGGAUGAGGACAUCAAGGCGCAGGAGGAAGAAUGGAAGAAAAAG